CUUAGCUGACUGAUUAGUAGGUAUCGCCUUUGGGUGUGGUGCUACGAAUGUCAAAUCAAUUCACUGCGACACUGCGACACUGCGACACUGCGACACUGCACACCUCCGAACACCAACGCAUAUCUACUUAGCACGCAUUGCUAAAAAAUUAUAGCGGCCUCACAGCAAAGCCUUAAAUCCAUACCUUCUUGCACCCGGGCCCCUGUUUCAAGGGUCACGUUUACCAUGCUCCCUAGAGCUCACUAUAACCCGGAUCGAGAUAUUCCUGAUCUAUCGGGCAAAGUGUUCUUCAUCACAGGCGGUACUGCUGGAUUAGGUAGGCAAGCUGUUCUUAACCUCUGUAAACACAAUCCGAAGCACAUCUACUUCACUGGACGCAACACCGCCAAUGCCUCAAGUUUGAUAUCCGAGAUCGAAGCAAUAUCUCCUUCGAAAAUAACCUUUCUCAACUGCGACCAGUCAUCCCUGACAUCAGUGUCUCAAGCCGCGAAGCAUUUCCUUGUCAACGAGGACCGACUGGAUGUCUUGAUAUGCAACGCUGGAGUAAUGGCACUACCUCCCAGUCUUACCAAAGAUGGCUACGAGGCUCAAUUCGGCAUUAAUCAUGUCGGGCAUGCACUCUUCAUUAAACAUCUUCUCCCCAUCCUGGAGCAGACCUCGCAACAGCACGCAGAGGCACGUAUUGUAUCUCUUGCUUCCUUGGGUGCCUCCCACACGACCCCGGGAGGCAUCGCAUUUGAAUCCCUGCGAACUUCACAAGAUUUUUUUGGAAUGACUGCCAAAUGGAUGCGCUAUGGCCAAAGCAAGCUCGCGAACAUUCUCUACGCAUCAGAACUGGCGAUGAGAUACCCCUCCCUUACAGUGGUUUCUUUGGAGCCAGGAACAGUGUGGACAGGAUUAAUAUCGAACUUGGGGUGGUUUGAUCGUUUGUUCAUCUGGUUGGUGACAUGGUGGAAGACAAUUGAUUUGCAUGAAGGAGCCUACAAUACGUGUUGGGCUGCUACAAUCGCGGAGAAGGAGAUCGAGUCUGGAAGUAUGUAUCAACCAGUUGGGGAUCUUGUACCGGCCAGUGGGUACAUGAAGGAUGAGGACUUGGCAGGAAAGUUGUGGGAGUGGACGGAAGAACAGUUGAAACCCUACGAGUAAAAAUGCCGCACUUUGUUUGAG